AUGGCAUCAGUCACGAUUCCUCACUCACUUCCGCCGAACUCUGUCGUCCUUGCUGGUUUCCCAUGCCAUGGAAGUGCUGUCGAGCGGAUGUUGUACAUGUGGAGGAACUCGCUACUGGUUUUGUGGGAUUUCUGCCAGGUCAAGUUCGAAGACAUAUGGGCAUCGACCGGACUGCUCAUGAUAUGUGUGCGGUUCGUGGGCGCAAUCCUGGCUCCAGCUUCUUUUUAUUGUCAGGUGCUGGCGCCAUUUACGAUGUAUUAUGCGAGGUUCGUAAACACCACCUUCCACAUCCUUCAAGGACCGCGGUACAUGCCCAGCUACUUGGGCCUGCAAAGCCUCUUCAGUAAACACGCCCCCUUUGACGUCGCCUUCUUUUUGUCCCUCUUCGGAGUAUGGCGUGUCAACAUGACCUUGGAGUUGUUUUACUGCGCCUGGACGGCCGUCGCAACUGCCGUACUAUGGUACUGGUACCGCGAGUUGAUCCCUGGCGUCAGCCUGCGAGGCCUUAUGUUGACUCGCCUCCUGGUGACCCUGGCCAAUAUCUAUUUGAAUGCGUUUCUGAAUCCCCGCAGCAGCCACCACCGUCGCCCAGUGCCGUUCCUGGGUUGGCGCAGGAAUCAAGGAUACGUCGCCGCAGCCGCAGCCGCCGCCGCCGCCGCCAACUUGGAUGGGGGGUGUUUCAGCAAGACGGCGGCAGCGGCAGAGCUUCUGGCUGGGGAAAAGGCGGCAGAGGGGGCGGCGGCGGGAGCUGGGCCUUCCGGCCUGGGCUCCAUGAGCGCCGAGGACAUGACGUCGCAGCUAGGUGGCGGCAGCGGCGCCGGAGCUGCAGCUGCCUCUUAUUUCUCUAAUUCCUCGUAUAAGGUCCUAGGGAGGGAUAAUGCCGCACAGGGAAAGAGUCCUGAGCCCGAGAAGCUUCUACGAAUGCGGCCUCCGUCGCAGGCAGCGCCGUUGGCUGGCUGUACGACAGCGACAGCAGCAGCACCAGCAGCAGCACGGGCAGCAGCGGCAGCGGCAGUAGCAGCGAUACCCCCUGGCGGUGACGUGGCGGCCGCGGCUCGGGGGUUUCCGUACGUGUACCGAUCCCCAGUUCAGCGUCGCGUCUUGCGGAUGUAUUUAGGGGAGAUGAGAGCAUCACCACCAGUAUUAUCACCAGCAUCAUCAUCAUUGCUGUCGAACCCCGUCCCAGCUGUCCCCCUAGUAGCCAGGCCCGGCGGUGCUCGGCCGCAGCGGCACUGCUGGGGCCCCCAUUUGGAUCUGAGCGCAGUGCUGCGGGCGCUGGGCUUGGAGCUUCCGCCCACUGCCGUCGAGGAUGAACAGGUACACGACCAGUGCCAACAGCAUCAGUAUACGCAGCAAGCUCAGCAGCAGCAGCAGCAGCAAGCUCAGCAGCUAGUCGAAUGGGAGGAUUGCGAGGUGUUGACGGGUUCUUGGUCACGGAAGGCGGCGCAGGGGCGAGGGGGGUGUCCGGAGGGGGGUGCGGCCCGCCUCCAGGUGACGGGACUGGCGCCGCGGGUGCUGCUGCUGCCGCCGUCGCCGUCGCAUCCCUCCACGCCCGCCGCCGCCGCCGCCGGCCGCCUGCCCGUGCUGCGGAUAUCUGUGGCGCUGGGUGGAGGUGGCGGUGGCGGCUGCUGCGGCGUGGCGGAGCUGCCUCAGGGCCUGGAGGGAUCGCAGCAGCGGCAGUACGACGGACAGCAGCAGCAGCAGCAGGAGGCGUCAAGGCGGCGUGCGACUGUGGAGGCGGUCUGGGAAGUGCUGGAGGUGGAGGUGUUGGUGAGGUCGGCCAACAUGUACCUGCCUAUCCGAGUGGCAAGCCGGGGGGUUGUACGUCGGGACAGAGGAGGCACCAGCGGCGUCAUGGAGCCGUCAACGUCGCCGCCACUGUACGGCCGCGAGUACGAGUACGACAUUGAGUUGUUGAGAGCUCCACCCGGGCCGGGUGUCGUGCUGCUGGAGCUUGGCUUUAAAUGCUGCACACCAGCCGCAGCCAAAACUGCCGCCGGUGGUGGUGGUGGUGGUGGUGGUGGUGGUGGCGACCAGCUCCACCGCUCUGGAGUUUCCUCCUCAGGCCGUUGGCAUCGCGUAAUGUUGCCUAUUUUGGCAACGGACGAUGCGGCCGUAGCCGGGGAGCUGUCCGCCGCGGGUUCUUCCUGGCCUGCCCGUAGGUUGGGCGAGUUGGACGAGCUGCUGUACGACAUGGGAACAUGGACGGCGGCAGCGGCGGCCGCGGCGGGUGGUAUCGGCAGGGCCGACGGAGAUGACGAUGUUACCGCCGCCGGUGCUGUACUGUCAACCCUUGGACCCCACUUGCUGUCGUACGCUGAUUCAGCAGGCUUGGAAGCUACCGCUGCCAGAAUUCGGAACGACAUGCGCCCCCUCCUGGUCAAGUGCGGGCAUAGCAGCACCGCAGCAGCCGGUGCUACUGCCGAUGCUACUGCCGAUGCUACUGCACAUCCUACUGCAGACGCUACUGCAGGUGCUGGUCUGACACAGCGGGCAGAGGACGUCGCCAUGGAGCAUCUCGACACGGGAGAUUCGACCCCCCUUGCCGCAACUGUGUUUAAAACGCCGCACUGGGGCCGUUUCGUUGAAGGAAGCGACAACUGCCGGGUUGUUGUUGUUCGUGUCAGUGGUGGGGAUGGGGACGGGGGUGGAGGUAAAGGCAGGGGGCGGUGUGGGAUGCAGCGGCAGCCGUGGUGGUGGUGGUUGGUGUUGAAGCGGGCUGUGGGGCUGCAAGCCGCCCCGCCUGAUGACGCCGCCGCCUUCCGGGCCUUUGUGGACGCGUGGACGGACGGUCUGAGCCACAUUGCCAAACUGCCCAGGCUGUUGGGCUUCUGCGCUUCCAAAGGGCUGCUGCUGGCGGGCCUGCCGGCCCCCUCGGGCGCGGCGGCGUACGCUGGCGGUCCAGGGAUGGUGCUGCUGGAGGGGGUCAUCCUGCCGGGGGUAUGCCUGGUCUCGCCCUGUACGGCCUUUCUCAUCUCCUGCCUCAGGUUGCUUCUCAACUACCGGAGUACGUUGCUGAUAGGAGCAGCGACCGGUGCUAAGACAGCGCUGCUGACCUCAGCGACAGUGGAGCUACUGGCGGUGACCACCACACUAGCUUGCCACUUCUAUUUGCGGUGCCGGUUCGACCUGUGGCAGGAAGCAGUGGCAGCCGCGGCGGCGGCUGAACCUGGCGGUGUAGACAGCUGUGGCAGCUACAGCCGACGUGGCGGCGGUUGCGGCAUAAAUCAAUCAGGAGCAUCUGACGACGGAAAGCACGCUAAAGCGGAGUGA